CACACAUACACACACCGAGGCGAUGGGAAGGCGCGCGAGGACGGAGCGCAGAGCCGCGAGCCUGGAAUGAGCGAGGACGCGCGCGCGAGACGAGCAGAAACACAGUUAAUAACCUGCAACAGGAGCACUCUGAUGGAACGCUCGAGCGAGGAGGGAGCGCGCGGCGCGGUUCAAAUUUGAAUUUGAAUUUGAGCGUGGCGUGACCGUUAAAACGGGUAAAAACGCUGGGAUUGUUUAAACCGCCGGGCUGCGAGGAGGAGAGAGUUGAGGAGCAACGCCGCUUAUUAUAUACGGACAGAGGAGGAGGAUUACCGAGCGGCGCGAGCGCGUGUGUGUGUUUUUGGAGGAGUGUGUGUGUGUGUAUGUGUGUGUGAGAGUGUGUGAGAGUGUGUGUGUGAGUGUCAACAUGCAAACACGCCUCUACAGGGAAACUUUCUCGUGGUGUGUGAGAGAAGGCGGUGCGUUUUCGUGGCCAAAGUGAUAGAAGCCCCUCCACUGCUUGUCCCCCUUCAUCUCCAACAAUAGCAGCAGCAGCAGCAGCAGCAUUAGCAGCGGCAGCACUGUGCUCCGAGUCCUCCUCACCACGAUGAAGCGGAGGCAGAAGCGUGUCCUGCAGAUGGCCUUUCUGUUCACCGUGACGCUCAUCUUCCUGCCCAACGUGGGUCUGUGGUCACUGUACAGAGAGAAACACCUGAUGAAGUCUCCUGAACCUGGAGAACAGGGGUACCCACUGGGUUUGAGUGAUGGACACGUUUACAGCUGGACGGAUGGCUUAAGGAGGAGAGACUGGCAUGACAAUGAGAGCAUCAGGAGAGAUGAGCUGCGUGUUGGGAAAGGGGAGCACGGAAAGCCGUAUCCGCUGGCGGAGGAUGAGUGUGAUGACUCAGUGUACAAAGAGAAUGGCUUUAACAUCUACGUCAGCAACAACAUCGCUCUGGAUCGCUCUCUACCUGACAUCAGACAUCCAAACUGUAAACAGAAGCUCUACCUGGAAAACCUCCCCAACACCAGUAUCAUUAUCCCCUUCCAUAAUGAGGGCUGGAGCUCUCUCCUGCGCACCAUUCACAGCAUCGUAAACCGCACACCAGACCAUCUAAUUGCUGAGAUCAUACUGGUGGAUGACUACAGCGACCGAGAUCAUCUGGGGGCUCGUCUGGAGGACUACAUGUCGAGAUUUCCGAAGGUGCGUAUCGUUCGCACUAAGAAGCGUGAGGGUCUGAUCCGCACGCGGCUGCUGGGAGCUUCCGUGGCUAAAGGGGAAGUUCUCACCUUCCUGGACUCUCACUGUGAAACCAACAUCAACUGGCUACCACCUCUCCUCGACCAGAUAGCCCAGAACCCCAGAACCAUUGUGUGUCCCAUGAUUGACGUCAUCGACCAUAACCACUUCGGAUACGAGGCUCAGGCUGGGGACGCCAUGCGAGGGGCCUUUGACUGGGAGAUGUAUUACAAGCGCAUCCCUAUUCCUCUUGAGCUCCAGGGGUCUGACCCCAGCAACCCAUACGAGUCUCCAGUGAUGGCCGGAGGAUUGUUUGCUGUGAGGCGGCAGUGGUUCUGGGAGUUAGGAGGUUAUGACACAGGCCUGGAGAUCUGGGGAGGAGAGCAGUAUGAAAUAUCCUUUAAGGUGUGGAUGUGUGGAGGUAGUAUGUAUGAUGUGCCAUGCUCCAGGGUGGGCCACAUCUACAGGAAGUACGUGCCGUACAAAGUGCCCUCAGGGACCAGCCUGGCUAGAAAUCUGAAGCGAGUGGCAGAGACAUGGAUGGAUGAGUUUGCUGAAUAUAUCUACCAGCGCCGACCUGAGUACCGCCACCUCUCCACAGGAGACCUAACGGCUCAGAAGGAGCUGCGCAAGCACCUCAAGUGUAAAGACUUCAAAUGGUACAUGAACACGGUGGCCUGGGACCUGCCCAAAUACUACCCUCCUGUGGAGCCCCUGCCUGCUGCAUGGGGAGAGAUCCGCAACGCCGCGUCGGGUUUGUGCGUCGACUCCAAACACGGCUCGACAGGCACCGAGCUCCGUCUCGACACCUGCCUGAAGGAGGGAGCAGAGAGAACCUGGGCACACGAACAGAUCUUCACCUUUGGCUGGAGGGAGGACAUCAGGCCCGGGGAUCCUUUACACACCAGGAAGUUCUGCUUCGACGCCAUCUCUCAGAGCAGCCCCGUCACCCUGUACGACUGCCACGGCAUGAGGGGAAACCAACACUGGAGCUACCGCAAGGAUAAGUCUCUUUACCACCUGGUGAGCAGCGGUUGCAUGGACUGCAGCCCUGCCGAUAAGCGGAUUUUCAUGAACAAGUGCAAUCCCCAGUCCGAGACGCAGCAGUGGCUGUUCCAGAGAGUCAACACCACCAUUCUGGACAAAUUCAACAGUGUCACCAGCUCCUAGGACCGGACCCCGAGGCGCAGUCGGCCAGGGGACUGGCCCUCGCGACACUUAGCAUGGGGGGUAGAUGUACUUAGCGUCCGAGUGUGGCCCCGUACUGCCCCACCCCAUCCACCGCCCGCGAGGUGCCGGAGCAGACGAGGGAGGGGAUUCGUGGAUUCGGCUCGUUAGGAAGGGAACUUGGACCGGACGGAGUCUGGGAGACACAGGGCUGAUGGGAAACUCACAAACACCCUGCAGGUCCAGGAGAACCUGUGCACAGUCACCCUCUCUCUCUGACUGGUUCUGUAUCUGUCUCUGGAGGUCCUUCACCACGGGCAUAUCUAACACACUGAAAUCCAGAGCAGCGAUUUGAGCAGCGAGUCUGAUAAACGAUGAACGUUAAACACUGCUGCUCGCUCUCUCUCUCUCAGUAUCGCCAGGUGGAUUUGUACUGUACAGGAGACCGGACGUGAUUUGCUGUUUUUAGUACUGCCAUUUGGUUUCCAGGAGGUGUGUUUAAACUGUAUAUUUAUUUCUAUUUAUUUGGUAGUAUCUUCAGAAGGAUAAGUUAUUAUGCUUAUAAUCGAUUUUCUUCACCACCACAUCAAGGGAAUGGCUGAUAAUGAGAUUUGCCCUCAAGAAAUGAAAUGAUGAAAUCAGUUGUUUUACUUUUGUUCUUUCAUCGCCACAUCCUCCCUCCUCCCUCCCCAGUUCCUCCCAUCAAAAUUCUGAAUAAAGUCAAUCUAAACAAAACAGUA